UCCGGCUGCCGGUUCGGGCCGCUGCUGCCACUUCCGGAGCGGAGGGGCAGCCCCAGCCGAGUGCCACGCCGGCAGCGCCAUGGGCCGCGGGCUGGCGCUGCUGCUGCUGCCGCUCGCCCUGCUGGCGGCCCCGGCCGAGGGCGGCACCGAGGAGGAAGUGAAGAUCGAGGUGCUGCACCUCCCCGAGGCGUGCAGCCCUAAGAGCAAGAAGGGGGACCUUCUGAACGCGCACUACGACGGGUUCCUGGCCAGCGACGGGUCCAAGUUCUACUGCAGUCGGACACAAAAUGAAGGUCAUCCAAAAUGGUUCGUUCUGGGUGUUGGACAAGUCAUAAAAGGGUUAGAUAUUGGUAUGAUGAAUAUGUGUCCUGGAGAAAAACGGAAAGUGACCAUUCCUCCGUCAUUAGCAUAUGGACAGCAAGGAUACGCACAGGGCAAGAUUCCACCCAAUGCAACAUUGAUCUUUGAGAUUGAACUUUAUGCAGUAAAUAAGGGACCUCGCAGUGUUGAAGCAUUUAAUCAAAUAGACAAGGACAGUGACAAGAAACUCUCUGAACUUGAGAUAAGCCAGUAUUUGAAAGAAGAAUUUGCAAAAGAUGGCAAAACACGUCAUCCCUCAGUCCAUGAUGAAGUCUUAGCUGACAUAUUUAAGAAGAACGACCAUGAUGGAGAUGGUUUCAUAUCAGCAAAGGAGUACAAUGUGUACCAGCAUGAGGAACUCUAAGUACUUUAAAAAAUUUUUUUGACUAUUUUCUGGAUGCUGAAUUUUAAAUAAUAAUACUUUGCCACAGCACUUUUUAUAUUUUUUUUCAUAGUGACAUCUUUUUAUAUCUCCUGAGGUGACUGUAAAAAUAUUGGGUGUAACAUUC